GCUCCUCUUCAGUUCGUUGCUGACCAUCGUUACGUGCGGACGUGCCCAGUGCUCAGCUCAGCUCAUCUCCGUGUGAUGUGGCUGCACUUAGCAUACUCAACCUGAAACCCAGACCCUCGAGAUCGAACAUUUCACAAAACGAACAGCCAAAAGUGCCGCGACGCGAGUGAUCAAACAAAAUCAAAUACAAGCCCCUCCUUAAACGCACAAAACAUAUAUUAACGACUGCAACGAGAGGAGCACCGGCUAGCCAGCGAAAUAAUCCAAGAAAGCAGCAGCGGAAAAUCGGAAAGAAACAACAGCAGCAGCAGCAACAACAAAAACUAACAUACAAAAGGAGGGAAAAGCGAGAAAAGCCUUCCCUGGAAGAGAUUCGAGGCAGCUUCUUGGCGAUUCAGAAGCGGCAAUGACGGCGACUGCGAGGCAGUCAGCAGCAUCGAGAAAGCAACCUGCGAUCGCCAUGCUCAAUGGAAACGCUUUUACGGUUAAGCGGCUCUUAGCGCUGCUGAUCAUCUUCACAGUCUUGGACGCGAGUCGAGCAUUGGAGUUGGGCGACAAGUGCCAGCACGACAUGGACUGUACGGAUUUCAUCAAGGGCAGCAGCUGCUCCGCUCUGGGAUACUGCGAGUGCGCCCCCUACUUCGUCCAGUUGAAUUCCAAACGCUGUUUGUCAUCUCAACUCCUCGGCGGCGACUGCCAGCUGAGCGAACAGUGCUCGAUGAAGGUGGCCAACAGCAGCUGCUUGGAGGGGGCCUGCCGCUGCGUGGAGGGAUUCCUGCAGUUCCGAAAGCACACCUGUCUGGGACCCGCUCAUCCUGGCGCCGUUUGCUACAGCCACGCCCACUGUCAAAUGUUCGACACCCGCACCCACUGCGACUUCCUCAUCCCGAACCUCUUCGGUCGCUGCCAGUGCACCAGUCCCGCCAAAAUGGUGGGUGGUCUCUGUGUGGCCCCCGCGGCGGAUCAGGAGGACCAGCAGCCCAUCGAGAAGGUGGAGCAGCCAGCUAUUAGUACCACCACCACCACGACAACCACUCCUGUGCCCACAACCACCACGAGGAGAACAACAACAACGACUACGACGACGACAACCACGCCUGCACCCACAACAACCACAACCACCAGAAGAACAACCAGCACAACCACCACGACUGCUGCUCCGAUUCUCCUGGAGGAUGAGCUGCCCGCCAGCGUGGAGGAGCAGUCCAUGGAGGAGGAUGAUGGUGAGACCACCAAGCUGCGACCCGAGGUUCCCAACAUCGACAAUGGCGAGAAGUUCGAGGCUGUGGACAUGGCUCACGAGGAGACUGAACUCACGCAGCAGCAGCAUCAGGAGGAGGAGCAACAACACCAGCUGGAGGAGCAGCAACACCAGCUGGAGGAGCAGCAACAUCAGGAAGAGGAGCAGAAACAUCAGGAGGAGGAGCAACAAAAAGUGGAGGAGCAGCAAAAGCAAGAAGAACAAGAGCUUGCAGCCAAGCCAAGCGAUUCAGAGCUGCCCCAAUCCUCUCCAGAUGCCACCACUGGUGUCCAGCAGCUGCUCACACCCGCCGAUGUUCCAACCGAGAAUGCCAUCAAUGUGGAACCGGAAACCGAAUCCGCUGUUACCGAGGAUUAUCCGUACAAGAUCGAGGAGGAGUAUCCGGAGGAGCACGAAGAUAAGCCAGAAGCUCCAGAACUGAUGGUGGAUCAACCCGAAACACCCGAAGAAGCACCCGUGGAAACACCAGUGGCACCCGAAGUCGCGCCCAUCGAAGCUGAUGAGGAGGCUGCCGAGGCAUCUGGCGGCGAGGAGAUUGCUUCAUCGCCCAUCGAAGAGGCCAUGAAACCUGAUUAUGAAUCGCCAGUCGGAGAGGCCGAACUGGAGAGGCCAGGAAAUGAGGAGGAGAAGAAGGAGGAGGCUUCAGUGAGCCAGCCAACUAAUGAGGGGGUGGUGCCCAUCGAUACCGAAAGCGAGACUGAUGCGGAAUCCAGCACCGAGCACCAGAUCCAGACGCAGUUGCUCGGCGACGAGUUGAUGGAGGAGCAAGAGGAAGAAAAGAAGGAUGAGGAGACAUCGGUGGCCGAUGAAGAACUGAUCCCGGUCGAUGGAGCCGAAAGCGAAAGUGUGACGAAGGCAGCCGAAGAGGCCGAUGAUGAGAAGCCGGCGGAGGAAAUUCCAGAGGAUCUGGCUUCGGGGGAUCAUGAGCUGGCUGAAAACGAUGUGCAGGAGGAGCCAACAGAAGCGUUGAAGAUCGACGAGCCAGUCCAGGUGGAGAGUGAAAGCCAAGUGGACGAGGUGGCAAAACCAGAGGAGCAAGAAACCGAAAUGGCAAUAGAAAAAGAAAAAGAAACAGAAGCAGAAGAAACGGCGGCCACCGAAGCCGCAGAAGUGGAGCUCCAGUCGACAGAAGCCAAGCCAGAUAUGGAAGCCGAGAUCGAUCAGGCGGAACAAAGCGCCGACAUCAAGCCGACAAGUGGCGAAGAUGAUUUAAAUGAAGCCAAUCAAUUAAAUCAAGACCAAGUUGCCGAAGAGCAGGAGAAGGAGAAGCAGGAGGAGGAGCACCAGCAGCAGCAGAUCGAAGAAAAAGAGCCCGAACAGGUGGUGGAAAUCCAUCAAGAUGCAGAUGCCGAUGCCGAUGCCGAAGCCGAAGCCGAUGCAGAUGAAGCCACAACAGAGAAACCAGUCCAAGAGAUCGAGCAGGAGGCGGAGGCAAUCACCGAAGCGGAGCACGAACAAUUGACAUACCCAACAAAUGAUGAUGAAUUGGCGCCAGUGGAAAUAGAACCAGAGCUGACCACAGAGGAGCCAGAGAACGCCGAGAUCACAACAAAGUUGCCAGAGGAGAAGCAGGAGGAUGAGGAGGAGAAGAUUGGUGAGCAGGUUGUGGAACAGAACGAGGUGGAGGAGCAGCAGGUGGAGAGGGAGGAGCAACAGGUGGAACCCGAGGAAAAUGCAAAUGCAAUUAAGACGCCCGAAGUGUCGGAAGCAAUUGUGGAGCCCCAGGCAGCAGCACCAGAAGCAGCAGCACCACCAGCAGAAGAGGUGGAGACGGAGAUCCAGUCUGCCACCGAGAAAGAAAUCGAACCACAAGUUGAGCAAGAGGAGGAGAAGGAAAAGGAGAAGGAGGAGGAGGAACCCCAAUCGAUAACCGAACAAAUCCAAGAGGCUGAGCCCACCACUAAUGAUGUGGAUCAGGCCAAGCCAGAGCUGCCAAUUAAGAGCGAUGCAUUCGAUAUCGAACAGGAAGCCACCGAGGAACCCGCUCAGACGGACCAGACAGAGAUUGCCCCCGAAAACGAAUCCGAACCAGCCGCAGCGGAGGCCAGUGAAAGUGUUCCAACUCCGGAGGAGGAGGAAGGCAACCAACAGCUGAAGGAUGAAGUUGAGGUGGAGAAGAACGAGAACGACAACAUUAUCCUCGGAGCCGAGCCGAAUGAGGAACAGCAAGUGAUUCCAGAGCCAGAAGUUGAGCAGGAAAAGGAGGAAACUCCAGUGGAAGCAGCUGAAGUUCAGGAGGAUGAUGCACCAGCUCAUCCGGAAGAGGAAGAGGGGGAACCGAAACCGGAAGUGGACUACACCAGCAUUGAGCAUCUGCAGGAACUUCCGCAGCCGGAAGAAACCACUGCCGCCAUCGAAGCGGAAGAAUCCGACCCAGCGGAGUCCACCUUGGCUCCGGAAGAUCCGGAGGCAGCCAGUUCCAUUGUGAGCGAGGAGCAUGACCUGGAGAAGGAUCCCCAGAACUUCCACGAGAGCGAGAGCAUUGCCGACAUCCUCAGCGACUUGAUGUUGGAGGGCGACAGCACCGUUCCCCCGGUUCCAUUUGGCCAGCAACCCGCCCAAACUGUUCCCAUGGUGGAGGCCAACUCUGAAAACGAGGAGGAACAACCCCACGAAGCCAUCUCUGAUCUUCAGGCCGAAGCGGAUGAGACCCAAGAUCAUGUGGAAGUCCAGCCAGCAGAGGAAUCCCAGCCAGCUAUUCCCGAACUCUUUGCAGAGGCGGCUAAUGAUGAGGAGCAGGAGGAUGAAGAGCAGCAGGUGACCCCCAUUCCGGAGCAGUCUGUAGUGGAUCAACCCACACAGGAGGAGCAGCAACCUAUUAAAGAGGAGCAACCGAAAAUUGAAGAGGAGCACAAAGAAGUUGAAGAGGAGCAUCUCCAAAAUGAAGAGGAGCAGCAUCACGAAGAAGAGCAACAGGAUGAAGCGGAGAUCCCUAAAGAAGAAGAACCCCUGAAGGAAGUGGAAACAGAAUCCCUGCCAGAAGAAGCCACCACGGAGAAGGUAUUGGAGUCCGAACCCGAAGAGGAGCGCACUCUUUCGCCCGAGGAAAUGCCCUUCGACAUGUCCGAAUCCGAUGGCAUCCGUUUCAAUGAGCUGGAGUCCGACAACCUGAUCCUGGAGUCCACCACCAAUGUUGAUGGUCUGCAAGAGCUGGACAGCAACCACAUUGAGGAGGAGCCCGCUGCCCACGCCAUUCCGCACGAGGAAGCCACUCCGAAUCCCGCCGACAUCGUGGAGAUCACCACUCAAACCAUGUUGGGAUUGGCCAGUCGGGUGACCCUUAUGGAACCCGCUGCUCCAGUGGUCACCACUCUGAUGCCCCUGAUGACCGCCGAUGAACCCACUCCGGAACCAGCUGCUCCCGCUGCCAUUCCUCCUGCAUCUUUGGCGGCCAUUAAACCAGGAUCGGAACUGCGCAAGCGCGUGGACUUGGGUCUGGAGGCUGUCUCCCUGGGAUUGGCCUGCAGCAGUGAUCGCCAGUGCCAGCUGGCCGAUCCCCACACCGUCUGCAAUGUCCGCGGAGUCUGCGACUGCGCCGCCGGAGAGCCAGGAACGCAGUGCAGCGCCGAGAGAACCGGAUGCAGUCCCGGAACCUUCCAGUGCCGUUCGAGCGGCGUGUGCAUCUCGUGGUUCUUCGUGUGCGACGGGCGGGCGGACUGCAACGACGCCUCCGACGAGGAGUGCACCCACAACGCCCGCCUGAACCAGAGCUGCCCCGCCGAGUCGUUCCGCUGCCAGCGGAGCGGUCGCUGCAUCUCGCGAGCGGCCCUCUGCGACGGACGGCGGCAGUGUCUGCAUGGAGAGGACGAGAUGGGCUGCGACGGCAGCCUGCGGGGCGGGAACGCCUGUCCGGAGCACACCUUCCGCUGCGGCAGCGGCGAGUGCCUGCCGGAGUACGAGUACUGCAACGCGAUCGUCUCCUGCAAGGACGGCAGCGACGAGCCGCCGCACCUGUGCGGCUCCCGCGCCCUCCCCAACCUCUUUAUGCGCCUCAUCGAGGCGGGCGGACUCCUCGGCGGCGGACGGAGGGAGGGGGCGGACGCCUACUGCCCGCACCGCUGCAGCAACGGACUCUGCCGCUCCACCGCCAUCGUCUGCUCCGGACGCGACGGAUGCGGCGACGGCACCGACGAGCAGACCUGCGCCGUUUGCCGUUGUCCCGCUCCGACUGCCGCCAACCUGCCCACUUUCCUGGCCCGACAACGCCCCAUGCCACUGUGGUAGGAAACUGCACCGCCGGGUGGGUCACCGCCCAUCCACCAACCGAACCACUUUCGGUCACCAUAGAGAGACCAAUAUUUUGCCAGACACUGUCUUCCGACCCCGCAACUCUAUCGCUGUACCCAACUAUAUUCGAAACGAUUUUUGCAUAGCAUUUAAGUGGAUAUUUAAAAACAAAUUAUUUAUUUAUUUAUUUAUUAUGACCUUAGCUGCGCCCAUGCCACGCCCAAUUGCCACCUUGCUAUCAAAGGCGGUUUCUUCGGCCCCCUUUGAGCCAGUGAUGAUUGUCAAUUGCGCCACUGGGCGCAACCCUAAACCACAUAUGACACCACACACCACAAAAGACACACCACCACACCACCCACACUUCGCCCCCAUUUCGACUAUUUAUUCUACUCAUCUUGACCAUCAAAAACUAUUUAUUUAUACCCCCCACAAACACUUCGCCCCGAAGGAGACACUAAAACACAUUUAGCUUAGUUUUAUGCAAUUUUCUAAUUUAUUUAAAUUAUUGGCCAGGCAAACCAGUGAAGGAUCGCAUAACGAGAACCAUUAAAUGAUGCAUUUCUAUCGAAUAAUAUUUUGUAAAUAAGAGUAAACGAUGUACAUGAUAAACAGCAUUGCCUAUAAAGAUACGUAGGGUAUCCGAGAUAAUAAAAUCAGAUCAUAUCCCCUAUAUAGUUUAUUAUAUGUACGUGAGUGUGAAUGGAACUCACACACUUUUCUCAAAGUCAAGACGCAUCACAGUAAAGCUAACAAAAAUAAUUUUAAAAAAAGGAAUGACAAUAAAAAA